UGCUUGUGCGGUGCUCUCCCGUUGUCUGCGCGCCUGGUACUGAGUGCGGUGAAUGUGUAGUGAAAAAUGACUGAAUUUCAAAUGUGCAAAUAGCAUGAGAAAAACAAAAAUGACUUACAAAAGUGAUUUGAAACGAUACGGACCGGAGUGAACAGUGCUGCGCCGAAAACGAUGGUGUUAGUGAAUUUGAAGAGUGUGUGGACAAAAUGGUGGUUUGCGAUUGUCGUAGUGAUGGCCGCGAUGGUGAUGCAGGUGACCACACUAAACGGACCCAACGUGUGCAUGGUCAAACAAAAGUACAACAUAACAAAGAGAGUGAAGUACCGCGCGCCGAUGUCCGUCCGUACUUACGAAUGGUGCUUCUCCAUGCCACCACGAUGCUCCAAGUGGAACACCGAGAUGAGGGACCUUACUCGACUUGAGACCGAAGAACGGACAGCAGAAGUGGCGGUGUGCUGUCCAGGAUACAAAAUGAGGGACGUUUCCUGUGUUCCCAUAUGUCCCAAUGGGAAGACUGGACCCAGAUGUUCGAAGUCACUUCACAUUACCAGUGAUCCUUACAGCAUCUUGAAUCACUGUCCACAAAACAGAUGGGGACCUAAUUGUGUGAACGAAUGUCCACGAUGCCAGCAUGGGGAAUGUUCCCCGGUCACAGGCGAGUGCCACUGCCAACGCGGAUGGCAAGGUGAGAGUUGUGAGCUCCGCGUAACUACUACGACGACAACAACAGCUGCUACUCCAGAAGCACCACUAAUAACCUAUACCAGCACUAAAACUUCUUCCAUGCCUACACCUUCCACAACCACUGUUUCAACCACGACCAAAUUUAAACCAAAAAAUUUGGAUCAAACCAGCACAAAAGGUGAACCAAUAGAGGCGAAAAAGAUAACCUAUGAUGUUUUAAAACAUAGAGUUGCCACUAACAAAGAUUUCACAACAAAUACUACACCAAAGACCAUAAUAGUAUCUAUAAUACCAACAUCAGUGUCUUACGCAACUUUCAAAAAAAUUGCUUUGACAACCGCAUCAUUUAUAGCGCAAAAAACUAACACAACGAUGAAGUCCUACAAUAAAUCGACGGAAGGAUUUACUAAACCAAUGUCAACGUAUAUCUAUACAACGCCGGCUACAGUAAAAACAAUGGCAACUACAACAAUUAGAAAUACAAAGCUAGACGAGAUCUUAGUAAAAGACAUACCCUCUCAAGAAGCAACCUUAAAGGAUUCAUCUUCAAAAGAAAUUAACAAAACUAAUAGCAUGAUUGAGAAAGAUUACGUUAAAAAUCUAACUCUUCGGCUGUCUCUUCAUUUAACACUAUACAGACGACUGAUAAAAACUUUAUUAACCAAUGCAAUUGUUAGCACUACUCCGGUGACAAUAAAAUCGAAUCCUGUACAUAAGCAUAUAACAGAUCGAAAAAACAUAACUAAAAUCGCAACAAAACAAACAACUAAAGUGGUGGUUGAAAAAAAAUCUAACCAUACUAAAAUGCUAACAAAUUACAAAGUAACCACAGAAGAUCCUACGGAUGAAGAAACGUUUCAUAUUUUGACAGAACCGGAGCAUAUCACUGCUGUGAUGGGGGAGAAAGAGGCUGGGAGGACCUCCAUCGAUCUCAUAUCGGUGAUAAGCAUCGCUGGUGGGGUAAUGAUGGCCGUGAUAACAGUGGCUGUAGUGAUAGUCAUGAUAGAGAGGUGCAGGAGGCCGCGAUAUGAAGAUGUUAGAAAGAUAAAUGAUAUUCGAAUGCAAGUCAUGAUAGACGGCAGCGACGCACCGCCUCCUUAUGUUCGAAGUAUAUUCCAUACUCCUUUGCCUGAACCGCCUAUGUCAGAAAAAUGUCAUUAUCAGCCAAUAUCGACAUUGGACAGAAAUCUCAAACAAUUUAUGAGGCCCGUCGUCGUACAAACUAUUUCACCUAUUAUGCUGGAAAACUUCAGAGGCAUUUUGGAAUGUCACUAUGAUCAUUUGCCACGGCGGAGUCACGAUUUUGUACCAAUGGAAGCUCGUUGUUCUUUAACGCCAUCUAUGAGCGAUUGUGGCGAACUACAUCAUAUACAGCGCACCAUUCGAGACUCUACAUUAGAAUCAUUGAAAUGCGAGGCGAAGCUUGAUGUUAUUGAUACAACAACCUCGGAGCCACUAUACGCUGAAAUACCGUGCUGGCGGCCGCCUUCGGAACAUGCCAUAGAGAUCUUAACCCUAAACGGUGAAGCCGUGACGGAAUUAUGACCGCGACACUAGUAAAUCCGUCUUAGUUUUAAGUUAUACCGAUAGAUGGCGUUGUAGUAAAUUGUAUUUGUGUUAAUGUACCAAAGAAUUUAUUGUGUGAAAUUUUAAUGUAUUUUAUUAUAAGAAAUUGAAUACAUACAGUUUAAAUUACA